AUGUGGGUGUCACUGCUCGUGGGAAGUUUCCUGGUGUUCUGCACUAGUCGCACACAAGCUGUUUGCGGUACUACACCACCUGUCUGGCGAAACAACAAUAUCACAUGCCCUGAACGGGCCGUCUGCGCUGACGUGUUCAAAACAUCACGUGACUGGUACAACGGAACCAGAUGCGAGGAGCAAAGGACGCUCCACAACUGCCUCUGUCCCGGGGGCACCGUCUGCCCCUACACCAACUCAGCCCACAGGGUCUACGCCUCUGCCCAACAUCUCCAAUACAUAUGCAGACCAGUGUGUCAGGUGCCAUAUUGUGGAAAUUUACAGCUGAGAACAACUGAUCGACGGAACCCACUCAACGUUGCCCAGACUGUUGAGCAAAACGCCCCUGAAUUUGGCAGUCGGAGUUACUACAGGAUUGACUGCCGCUGUCCCCGCCACCACGUGCCGUACGUGCAGCCACCCGGGGUGCACAGGGCGGUGCAUGUCCACUCACAUAUAUACGACUACCAGCACCACAAAUACACCACUCGGUUCGUCUGCACGACCAGGGCUAAUGAGAACAGCAUGCCUGAUCCGUGUGCUGCAAAUCACAACAUCGACGAACAAUAG